GCCUGAACUAGCCAACCUUGGCCCCGCUAUAAUUGCACUGAUGUUCUGUUCAGGAUAAAGGGCGCUAGCGCAAGUAAGUCAGCGGCAGGUAUUAGCAAGUACAUGGCACCCGCCGGAGCUUAUGUAAGGAAUCUGGACAGUGCAGCCUCGCACUAAGAUACUCAGAGAUCAGCGAAGCCAUGCCUCCGGGGUUAAGCCGAAGCGACACGUGACUCUGCAUCGCUACUGGGCCGGGGAUUCGUUCCACCGACGCCUGUUCAGUUAGGCGUAGGUUGCAUUUGCCUACGCCAGAGCAUCAUCCGCGAUGUCUCUUCUGAACUUCAUGCGUCUUCCAUCAUGGCGCCAACUUUGGCGGCUGAUCGCCCAAAAACUCGCAAGCGCGCACAGCCUUGUGAUCCAAUUUCUUGGCGGAAAACGUCAGUCGCUAUCUGAGGCGGAUGCUAGUCUGAUCAAGCUCCCCGGAAAGUUGUUCUUCGGAUCAACAGCUUGCUUUUUCCGCAUCCGACCCGGAAUCAUCUUGAAAGCCCCCGUAACGGUGUUGGAAGACCAGAUCAUACGGGAAAGACCAAGCGUGUUCGAGAACUUCCACGUGGAACGGCAAAUCCUAGAGAGACUAGGAGAGCACCCUCUGAUUGUCCGAUACCUAGGCUGGCAGGUGGGUUUCCCCACGGGCCUACUUUUUGCGGAGGCCAGCCACGGCAGCCUCCAGCGCCUCAUUGACGAACGCAACGAAGACAUACUUCCCGAUGUUCGAAGAAAAUGGAUUUGCCAAGUCAUCGAAUCAGUAGCUUAUGCCCAUAGCCGGGGUAUCAUACACAGCGAUCUACGUCCCGACAACUUCCUCGUCCAUGGCACGUGGCCUCGGGAAAUGGACAUUUGGCUCUGCGACUUUGGAGGAUCUACGUGCAAGGAGCUUGACUUAUCGGCCAAUAAACUUCCAGACGCUGGCUUUUUUAACCCCAAUUCAACCUGGACACCAUCACCUAGUGUGGAUAUAUUCAGUCUGGGCUCUGUUCUUUACACUAUUCUUACGGGUCACUGGCCAUUUCGUGCCCCUGGUGGGCAGUUCGCUACAAUCGAAGAAAUGGAAGACUACGAGAACGUCGUAGAUGGUAACUUCGCGCGGGGGAUUUUUCCCGAUGUUGAAGGACUCUGGGGAGGUGAGAUUAUUCUUGGCUGUUGGACACACAAAUUCUUAAACAUGCAUGAGAUUAUGACAGAGAUUAUGAGCCUUCAAUCCGAUGAAAAAUAG